AUGAAGCCACUCCUGAUCUCCACCAGCGUGGGGGAGCAGAGUCAGGCCCUAGGCCUCCUGACAGCCAGCAUCCUCGGGCUGGACUCUGGGCUCUGCCGACGCCCCUCCGUCCCUCCUCGCCUCGCCCAGCUCCGCCAACGCCCCUCCGUCCCGCCUCGCCUCGCCUCGCCCAGCUCCGCCCACGCCCCUCCAUCCCGCCCCACCUCGCCCAGCUCUGCCGACGCCCCUCCGUCCCUCCUCGCCUCACCCAGCUCCGCCCACGCCCCUCCGUCCCGCCUCGCCUCGCCCAGCUCCGCCCACGCCCCUCCGUCCUCGCCCAGCUCCGCCCACGCCCCUCCGUCCCGCCUCGCCUCACCCAGCUCCGCCCACGCCCCUCCGUCCUCACGCAGCUCUGCCAAUGCCCCUCCGUCCUCGCCCAGCUCUGCCAACACCCCUCUGUCACACCCCGCCUCGCCCAGCUCUGCCGACGCCCCUCCGUCCCUCCUCGCCUCGCCCAGCUCCGCCAAUGUCCCUCCAUCCUCGCCCAGCUCUGCCGACGCCCCUCCGUCCUCACCCAGGUCCGCCAAUGCCCCUCCGUCCCGCCCCACCUCGCCCAGCUCUGCCGACGCCCCUCCAUCCUCGCCCAGCUCUGCCCACGCCCCUCCGUCCUCACCCAGCUCCGCCAAUGCCCCUCCGUCCCGCCUCGCCUCGCCCAGCUCUGCCCACGCCCCUCCAUCCUCGCCCAGCUCUGCCCACGCCCCUCCGUCCCGCCUCGCCCAGCUCUGCCAACACCCCUCCAUCCUCACCCAGCUCUGCCCACGCCCCUCCGUCCCGCCUCGCCCAGCUCUGCCAACACCCCUCCGUCCUCGCCCAGCUCUGCCAACACCCCUCUGUCACACACCGCCUCGCCCAGCUCUGCUGACGCCCCUCCAUCCCGCCCCGCCCAGUUCUGCCAACGACCCUCCAUCCUCACCCAGCUCUGCCAACGACCCUCCGUCCUCACCCAGCUCUGCCAAUGCCCCUCCGUCCUCGCCCAGCUCUGCCAACACCCCUCUGUCACACCCCGCCUCGCCCAGCUCUGCCGACGCCCCUCCGUCCCACCUCGCCUCGCCCAGCUCCGCCAACGCCCCUCCGUCCUCGCCCAGCUCUGCCGACGCCCCUCCGUCCUCACCCAGCUCCGCCAAUGCCCCUCCCUCUGCCAAAACUCCUCCGUCCCUCCCCACCUCGCUCAGCUCCACCAAUGCCCCUCCGUCCCACCUCGCCUCGCCCAGCUCUGCCAACGCCCCUCUGUCCGCGCCCAGCUCCGCCAAUGCCCCUCCGUCCCGCCUCGCCUCGCCCAGCACUGCCAACGCCCCUCCUUCACUCCCCGCCUUGCUCAGCUCCGCCAAUGCCCCUCCGUCCCACUUCGCCUCGCCCAGCUCUGCCAACGCCCCUCUGUCCGCGCCCAGCUCCGCCAAUGCCCCUCCGUCCCACCUCGCCUCGCCUAGCACUGCCAACGCCCCUCCGUCCCGCCCCGCCUCGCCCAGCUCCGCCAACACCCCUCCAUCCCGCCUCGCCCAGCUCUGCCGACGCCCCUCCGUCCCGCCCCGCCUCGCCAGCUCCGCCAACGCCCCUCCGUCCCACCCCGCCUCACCCACCUCUGCCAACAACCCUCCAUCCUCACCCAGCUCCGCCAAUGCCCCUCCCUCCCGCCUCGCCCAGCUCCGCCAACGACCCUCCAUCCUCACCCAGCUCUGCCAACGCCCCUCCGUCCUGCCCAGCUCUGCCAACGCUCUUUGCUCCCUCCCUGCGGGCACCAUCAGGCUGUGCCAACAAAGCCCGAGGAGUAUCUCUAAGGGGGAGUCUCCAGGGAGUCGUGAGCCACCCAAGGGCUGA